AUGCUCAAAUAUCAAAAAAAGAAUAAAAAUUAAACCUAGACUUGUUUCAGAAAGAUGUAUGGAGGUUUGGACCUGUUUGGAUCACCUCCUGCUUUUAAAAUUUUAAAAUAAGAAAAAUUUACAACAUCCUUGGGAUUUUUGUUUACGAUAGGUCUUUCAAUUGUCUGUGUUCUUUAUACAUUGAUUCAAUUGGAGGAUUUAUAUGCUCAAACAGGCCCUAGAGUAACGAUGUCUGAAGAAUAAGUUGUGGAUACAAAUGCAUACCCUCUGGAAAUGAAAAAUUAUACUAUUGGCAUAACAAUGGCUAACAUAUCAUUGGGCUCUCUUUAAACUUUAGGAACGCACUUUACAAUGUCGGUUUAGAAUUGCAAAAGAGUUAGAUCAUUAGACCCAACUACUAAUAAAACAGUGAUAUCUUAAAAUUGUACCAUAUACCCAACGGAGCCUUGCGGUGAUUAACAUUUCGUAACAGAUUUGCAAAAAGCCUAUUUUUCAAAAAUAAAACUUGGUUUUGUCUAAUGUUUGAAUGUAAAAUAAUGGCAAGAAAAUCCCCCUCAACUUCAAGGGACAGUUUAAGGAACAGUAUAUUAAUAUUUACAAAUUACAAUAGCUUAAUGUAAGAACACCACAAAUAAAACUGAUUGCGCUCCAAAAGAGCAAAUAUGGAAGGAAUUGUAAACAGGAUAUUAUGCAGUUCAUCUAAUUGAUAAUCUAAUUUAAAUGAAAAAUCCUGGAACUCCAUUCAAAGACAUAAUUAACUUAUAAUACACAACAUUCUCAAAUUCAACUUCUAAAUCGAUUUUCUAGAACUUCAAAAUUAUUGAAUCUGAUACAGAUACUGGAUAUAUUAUGGAAGACAUAAAGACAGAGUAUGGAUUGAUCUAAUCAUAAAAUCGAGAAAGUCAGGAUAAUUAUAAUAAUUAAUUUAUUAUCUAACAUGUAAUAAACUUGGAUUCAAGAUAAGGUUUUUAUAAUAGAGAAUAUUAAAAACUAUAAGACAUCUUUGGAAACGUUGGUGGCCUCUGGUAGAUUUUAUUCUUAGCCAUGAGUGCAUUAUUGUAACCAUUAACUUCAACCUUCAUGAAUUUACAGAUGGCUAACAAAUUAUUUAGAUUUGAAGGUUCAAAUAGUGAGGUUCUUCACAGUUCAGAUUCUAUUGAUGAAGUCAAAGAAGAUGUCAAAAAAUCUUAAUCUGCAUAAAAAGUUAAUGUUUUAGGUUCCUAAUAAUUAGAUGUUGAAAGUCGGAAAUCUUUUACAAGUAAACGUUCUCUUCAAGGCCAAAAAUCAAUGAGCAAAUCUAUUUUCGUUAAAAGUGUUGAUAAAGUCAACAAUUAUAAGCAAAUGAUUUAACUAUUGAAAAAAAGGAAAUAAUCUCUUAACUUAUCUAUGAGAGAUAUUAUUUUGAUGAGUUUUGGGUGCAAAAAGAAGGAGAAGUAACUUAUUAAUUAUGCAACUGAAAAAUUUAUGAAUAAAUUAGAUAUUGCAAAUUUAAUUUCAAAAGUUUAUGAAAUUGAUAGAUUAAAACUAAUCUUACUUAAUGAACAAUAAUAAAAACUGUUUAAUUAUUUGCCUAAGCCAAUUAUUCCGGAAGCUAUGUUUGGAGAAGAAUUCCAAAAAAAAAUGAAAGUUGUUGAAUAAAAAUAAGCCUAUAAAGUUAUUCUGCAGGAUGAAAAACCUGAAUUUAUGAGAUUAUAAGAGGCUUUCGUUGCUUAUGUAAAAAUCUAGCAAAAACAUGAAAUUUCAGAAGUUGAUAAAAAAAUCCUCGACAUUCUUGAUGAGGAUAUUCUGGAGUUAUUCGAGAAUUUGUAUUGCAAUACUUAAAAAUUGGAAAACAUAUUUUAAGAUAGUCCUAUGAAAUUACAACUAUAAUUCUCUGAUAUUGAAUCUCCAAAGUCCAAUUUUCAGCCAGAUUUAGAGGAAGAUAUGGCUAAUCAGUUACCUGUUCUUCCUGCUAUGAUGGUGAGAUCCCAAGAAUGA